AUGGAGGGUUCUAGGAGUGGGACUGGGACUGGGACUGGGACUUAUGCCGCUGCAGAUGGAGCAUGGGAGGUCAGGUCCUUGGAGGAGGAGGAGUGGGGUAUGUGGGCUGGGAAUGGGAAUGGGACGGGGACUGGGAAUGGAACUGCAAUUGGGAAUGGGACUGGGAAUGGGACUGAGGCUGGAAAUAGGGCUGUGGAUGAGUCUGGAGGACAUGCAGGAAGAAACUGGGACAGCCACGGGGAAGAAGAGAUGGGAGGUCCGCGGUGGGGUAUUGCGACCGAGACAGAGACGGAGAGCCGUGGCUUUGAGGGACACACGCAGGAUGAGGGUGUGAGUACCCCUAGAAGCGAAGAUGCCGUCUCUGUCUCUGGGUCCGUGGUUCGCGAUGGCUUUGGGUUCUGUAGCCGGUGUGGAGCUCCCUGGAAUGCCGAUGCGGAUGAUGAGCAGGACCCGAAACGACUAUCAGCCAAUCACGGUAAUGACAAUGGCAACAGCGAAAGUCAGGGAUGGGGCCGCAGGGCAGUCUACGGCCAGGAGGGCUUGAACAGGCUGAGAAGCCUUCAGACUACCACCUCCUGGGGCAACGGUACCUCGACCUCUGAACUGCCUGACUACCAGCCUCAGAAUUACUGGUGGGGUAAGCACGAGAAGAACGAGGAUGACGAUGAUGACGACGAGGAAAGGAACUGGGAUGGAGAGAAGACGAUACAUGUGGGAUAUCGAAAUGUGAGAAGGUCUGAUGAAAAUAGUCAAGGCAACAACGGAUGGAACAGUGAUGGAUGGGGAGAGAAUCGUGGAUGGGGUAACCAGGAUCCCACCGCCUCUGUCGCCGUGGAGGAGACGUACCAAGCAUCGUCACAUGAAGAAGAGCAGGACGGAUGGGGGGUUCAUCUCAGGGCUGAAGUGGCUGAGACAUCCAGCCAUAAAACGAGUACCACUACCGUAGUAUCUUCUUCUCAACACACCCAUGGGACUUCAACCACCAACCGAAAGCAGAGCUCCGACUCAACAAUCAAAGACUCCUUCGAAUACAUGAAACAAUGGGGAGGUCUUAAAGGCUCCAUGAAUGCUUUCCUGGUUAAUCCCGAACGGACCGAUGCUGUUUAUCAAGCUGGGAAACUGAUUCUCUCACUACGCGCACAGGGAGCAUCGUUUGCGCGGCCUCGACGGAAGUUUUGGGAUGAAGAGUUGGCGCGGGUGCUGGCGGGGGAUAUGUUCUAG